GCGAGAGAGAGGAGCAGCAGACAGAGGAGAGGAGUGAGGUGGAGAGGACGGAGAUGAUGAAGCGGCCAAGAAAAUCCACCAAAACGACGAAAACGGGCCCCCAAAGGCGACCCCCACCGUGGCAGACGACUGGGGGAUAGAGACGGUUGAUGAAAUGGGGGCUCCCGUUAACAAUGACCAGAUUUUGUCAACGAAGAAAGACAGUUUCAGCGAUUGCAAAUGGUUUGACAUUUAGCCACAGCAAAUCGAAGAACUUCAGAAACUCCUUCCACGGAGAAAACUUGGGAGACACGAAAGGUGACGAGAUGUUCCAAGUUCAAAGAAAAAGGCAGCUUGACCCAUUUCGAGUGGAUUUUUCUGCCGUGGAGACAGCGUUGUUUAACGCGAAGAUGACAAGCGAUUUGGCAGAUUGGCCAAAUUUUUUUGACAAGAUGAAACCUUUUUCUGGCUGGUCAUCUGGAUAUUUUUUUGUACUUAAUAUUUUAAUUUGUUUUACCGCAACAUGGACUUGCUGGAUCUUCGAUGCUAGCUGCAUUUUGGACUCUUGGACAAAGUCAGCUUUUGCACAAAUUCGUAUUUAAAUGCUGUUUUUAAUAAAGUGUAUGUCCUCGUAAUUAUCACUGGCUUUGUUUCAUUAGCUGAUCAUCUGGAAAAUCACGAUUAUUUUGUUUUAUUGUUAACAAUUGGAUGUUGGGUACAAUUAUUUCAGUUAAGCAGUGCAACAAAAGUAAAGCAGGUUUGCUUUGAUUUUGUGGUUUUUAUUAAUUCUCAACUAUGAUGUUUAUAUUUUGAACUGAUCUGGGUCCAUGAGAUAAUGGUAGAGGUGGUGGUAGAAAUGAUCAGUCUUCCUUGGUAAAUCUGGUUCAAAGCAUAAAAAGCUAGAUUAUAACUACUCUAUUGGUUUCUAAAAUGAAGCCUGGAAGGUUUUCUAAAAUGGCCACUGCUUGACCUUCUUCCUGUCUGGCCAGGAAGUGAUGUAAAAGCUGCAAAACAUUUUAAUUUCACAGUGCCUCCAUUAUCCUCAUCUUUUUUUAUUUAUAGUGUAGAAGGGUUUGACCAUGAGGCUUGUGUGUUGAGGUUUGAAAGCAACAUUUAGGUGUGUAUAAAAGUAUAUUUUAAAGAUAAUAAAAGGGGUGGGACUUAGGCAGCACCUGAGCGUGGAGUAAAUGGAAAUAACGUCAAUCAAAGGCGAAGCUUUCAGAGCAGAGAAGGAGCUCUAGAUGGCGGCUGAGCCUCGGGAAGGGCGCCAUAGGCUUUCGUUAGACCGUUCCUCGGGCUUUGAAUUCAAUCGGUUUCCGUGUAAAGUUGAAGCUUGUGACCGUGUGGACGAUAUUUAGCUGGAUUUUGUGCGUUUUGGGUGUGUUUUUUUAGUCCGUUUCAACGCGAGCCGAAGGAGCCGUUGGUCGUUGUUUUCCCACAGCGAGCCGUGGCGGCCAUGGCGCGCCUCCAUUUUGACUGCUGCUGCUCGCCUCGGUGGCUCUGACACGGUCGCUCCGUGUGGACCUCAAAGGCCUGUCGAAACGUUCAAAUUAGGCUUUUUUGGGGUAAAUUCUCAAGUUAUUAUUUUACGGCUUAUUAUUUUAUUCGACAUAAAGAAGUAUUUAAACUGCGACACGUCGGACGAGAAUCCUAUUAGUUGAGCUACAGCAGGCUUUUCUUGGCAUUGAAUGGACAUGUUUACAUUGUGUCGUGUGUAAUUUACUCAUUUUUCUCAUUCGUAAAAUAUCUUUUUCUAAUGCUUCAUGUGAUGACGCAGUUAAAAUUGUCGACAUGCGUCUCGAUCCGGCAACUAUAGACGCUUAAUAUUUAACAUAAUGCCACUUUUUUCCUCUGAACUCAUUAUUAAAUGAUGUUAAAAUAUAUCUUUAAUUAAGCGGUUUGAUGUAGUUUUUUCUUCGUGUUGCACCGUCUGGGUUUUAGCUGCCGUCUGGGCAGAGGCAAAGCGCUUUGUAGUACUUCAUGCCUCAUCCGAAGUUUUGACAGUAAAUACCAGGAUUAAAGCAUAACUUUAGGAUUAAUCAGGACACUACCAUGAUGAAGAGUAAAAACAAAAAGCAAGAAGAUGAAGGCUCGACUCAAAGCAAUGCCUCAAGCAACUCUGCCUCAGAGGAAUCCAACCACUCUGCCUCGGAGUCGGGAAGUCAGUCGGAAAGUGAGCAUGGCAGUGAGAGGAAGAGAUCUCACAACUCCGAGUCAAACAGCUCCUCCGAGUCAGAGAGCCACUCGGAGUCAGAGAGCGAGUCCACAGAGUCCAAGUCACAGCAAACCACUUCAGAAGUCAAAGACAAGCCGGUUAGGAAGCAGGAGCGCCUAGCUGAUGUUAAAAAGAUGUGGGACGAACACCCGGACGUGUACGGCGUCCGGAGGUCAAAUCGCAGCAGGCAGGAGCCAGCUCGUCUUAACAUCGGAGCUGAGGGGAGCAGUGACUCUGAGAACGAGAGCCCAAAAAGGAAAUCCUCACGGGUGAAGAAGAAAGAAAAUAUCUGGAAAGAUGAUGACUCAAAUGAUGAUGAAGAGGAGGAGGAGACAUCGGACAGUGAGCAGGAAGAGAUAAAAGUUAGAUCCAGACGACUUCCUGCUAGAAGACCUCAGACCAAAUCCUCAUCCAGGAGGCAGCAGUCUCAAAAAGGAAGGAAGUUGAGGAAACAGGAGUCAUCAGCUGAAGAAGAUGACGACGAUGAUGAUGAUGACGACGAUGAUGAUGAUGAUGAUGAGGAAGACACUCCAAAGAGACAGACUCGAAAAAGGGGGGCCACAAAAGUCAAAAGCUAUAAAGAGGACCAACAUGACUUUGAAACGGACUCUGAUGACCUGAUCGAAAUGACGGGCGACGCCGGCGAGGAGCAGCAGGACGACGACAGCGAAACCAUCGAGAAAGUUCUUGAUUGCAGAAUCGGAAGCAAAGGAGCCACUGGAGCCUCCACCACCAUGUACGCCCUGGAGGAAAACGGGGAUCCGUGUGAAGGGUUUGACCCAGAGAAGGAGGAAGGGGAGACCCAGUAUCUGAUCAAGUGGAAGGGCUGGUCGUACAUCCACAACACGUGGGAGAGCAUGGAUUCUCUGAUGCAGCAGAAGGUCAAAGGGUUGAAGAAACUAGACAAUUUCAAGAAGAAAAACGACGAGCUGAAUUCUUGGCUGAGGAGGGCGUCUCCCGAGGACAUCGAGUUUCAUAACUGCCAGCAGGAGCUCACAGCCGACCUAAUGAAGCAGUUUCAGUUUGUGGAGCGAGUGAUCGCAACAAAAACAGGAAAGACGCCUGGGUCUUCUGACUUCCCCUCUCACAGUCACAAGAUCCCACCCUCCAACGAACCCGAGUACUUGUGCAAGUGGAUGGGUUUGCCGUACUCCGAGUGCAGCUGGGAGGAUGGAGCUCUGGUCGGAAAGAAGUUUCAGCACUGCAUAGACAGCUUCACGAACCGAAACUCCAGCAAGACGGUGCCCUCUAAAGACUGCAAGGUCUUGAAGCAGAGGCCGAGGUUUUCUGCUCUUAAGAAACAGCCGUCGUAUAUCGGUGACGAGACCCUGGAGCUGAGAGAUUAUCAGCUGGACGGCUUGAACUGGCUGGCUCACUCCUGGUGCAGGUGCAACAGUGUGAUCCUGGCUGAUGAAAUGGGUCUGGGAAAGACCAUCCAGACCAUCUCCUUCCUGUCGUACCUGUUCCACCAGCACCAGCUCUACGGACCCUUCUUACUGGUGGUGCCUCUGUCCACGCUAUCCUCCUGGCAAAGGGAGUUCGAGACCUGGGCCCCGGACAUGAACGUGGUGGUGUACCUCGGCGACGUCAUGAGCAGGAAAACAAUUCGUGACUACGAGUGGGUGAACCACCAAACCAAAAGAAUCCGUUUUAACGCUCUGCUCACCACUUAUGAGAUUCUACUCAAAGACAAGGGGGUCCUCGGAAAUAUAAACUGGGCUUUUCUGGGCGUGGACGAGGCUCACAGGCUGAAGAACGACGACUCCCUGCUCUACAAAACAUUAAUGGAGUUCAGGUCUAAUCACAGGCUCCUCAUCACCGGCACUCCUCUGCAGAACUCCCUGAAGGAGCUCUGGUCCUUGUUGCACUUCCUAAUGCCUGACAAGUUUGAUUCCUGGGAGGACUUUGAGGACAACCACGGGAAAGGGAGGGAUAACGGUUACCAGAGCCUUCACAAAGUCCUCGAGCCUUUCCUGCUCCGACGAGUCAAGAAGGACGUGGAGAAGUCUCUUCCUGCCAAAGUGGAGCAAAUCCUUCGCGUCGACAUGACUGCACAGCAGAAACAGUUUUACAAGUGGAUUUUAACAAGAAAUUACAAAGCUCUUUCCAAAGGCACUCGUGGAAGCUCCUCGGGCUUCCUGAACAUUGUAAUGGAGCUUAAGAAGUGCUGCAACCACAGUUUUCUUAUCAAACAUCCCGAGGAGGGAGACGGUGAAACCCCACAGGAAAACCUGCAGCAGGCUGUAGUAAGGGGCAGCGGGAAGCUGGUUCUUCUGGACAAGCUGCUGACUCGACUCCGGGAGAGAGGCAACAGAGUCCUGAUUUUUUCCCAAAUGGUCCGGAUGUUGGACAUCCUGGCCGAGUAUCUCACAAAGAAGAGAUAUCCGUUUCAGCGAUUGGACGGUUCCAUAAAAGGAGAAAUCCGAAAGCAAGCACUCGACCACUUUAAUGCAGAGGGCUCAGAGGAUUUCUGCUUCCUGUUGUCGACCAGAGCCGGAGGUUUAGGUAUUAACUUGGCCUCAGCGGACACCGUGGUCAUCUUUGACUCCGACUGGAACCCUCAGAACGACCUGCAGGCACAGGCGAGAGCUCACCGGAUCGGACAGAAGAAACAGGUGAAUAUUUACCGACUGGUCACAAAAGGAACGGUGGAGGAGGACAUCAUCGAGAGGGCCAAGAAGAAGAUGGUUUUGGACCAUCUUGUCAUUCAGAGAAUGGACACCACUGGUCGAACUGUUCUGGACAACAAUUCAGGAAAUACAAAUUCAAACCCUUUCAACAAAGAAGAACUGACAGCAAUUCUGAAGUUUGGUGCAGAAGAUCUUUUCAAAGAGGCAGAAGGAGAGGAGUCCGAGCCUCAGGAAAUGGAUAUCGAUGAGAUCUUGAGGUUGGCUGAAACGAGGGAAAGUGAUCAAGGCUCCAGUGCCACAGAUGAACUUCUGUCCCAGUUUAAGGUUGCCAACUUCUCCAGCAUGGAAGAAACAACUCCAGAGUUGGGGGAGAAGGCCAUACGGGACUGGGAUGACAUAAUUCCUGAGGAGCAGCGGCGGAAAGUUGAGGAGGAGGCGAAGCAGCGGGAGAUGGAGGACAUCUUCAUGCUGCCCAGAAGCAGGAGCUCUAACAAACGAGCUCAGGCUAACGACAGCGACAGUGACGUCGGCUCCAAGCUGAAGCAGCGCUCGUCGGGCUCAGAGAGCGAGUCUGACGACAGCGACGACGACAAGAAACCAAAGAGAAGAGGACGACCUCGUGCUCGCAAAAACACCGUGGAGGGUUUCACCGACGUAGAGAUCCGCAGGUUCAUUAAGGCCUACAAGAAGUUUGGAUCCCCCCUUGAAAGGUUGGAGGCCAUUGCUCGAGACUCUGAGCUGGUGGACAAAUCCAUAGCGGACCUGAAGAGGCUCGGUGAGCUGAUUCACACCAGCUGUGUGGCGGCAAUACAGGAGCACGAGGAGCAGCUGAAGGAGAACCCAGUUGAAGCCAAAGGUCCCGGGAAACGACGAGGAAUCAAUUUCAAGAUUUCAGGAGUUCAGGUCAACGCCAAGUCAAUCAUCCAGCACGAGGAGGAGUUUGAGCCGCUCCACAAAGCAGUGCCCCCCAACCCCGCUGAGAGGAAUCAGUUCAAGCUAACCUGCAGGGCUAAAAUAGCUCACUUUGACGUGGAGUGGGACCUGCAGGACGAUGUUCAGCUCCUACUGGGCACCUACGAGCACGGCUUUGGCAACUGGGAUCUGAUCAAGACCGACCCCGAGCUCAAACUGGCUGAGAAGAUUCUUCCAGAUGACCCCAGCAAGAAACCUCAGGCCAAACAGCUGCAGGCGAGAGCCGAGUAUCUGCUCAAGCUGCUCAAAAAGGAACAAGACAACACAGACACGACGAAACCAGGAGAGGAGGUGAAAGUGAAGAAGAGGAAGCCUCGAGUGAAAAAGGAGAAGGUUCUCAAAGAUGAGCAGGGCAAUGAGAUCUCCUCCCCUCGGCUGUCUGAGAACCCGUCAGAGGAGGGCGAGGUGAAGGACGGCGGAGCAGAAAAGUCCAGCGUGAAGAAGAGACAAAAGAAGAAGGGCAACAAAGAGAACAAAGAAAAACAGGGAACACCUAAAAAGGAGAAGGACGGGGACAAAGAAAAGAAAACUUCCAGGCCCAGGAAAGAGAAGGCUAAAGGAGCCAAAGGGAAGAAAAAUCAAGGUCCAGUUCACAUAACAGCCGGUUCUGAGCCCGUCCCCAUCGAAGGGAAGGAGGACGACGAGCUUGACCAGGAAACCUUCAGCAUUUGUAAGGAGCGAAUGCGUCCCGUCAAGAAGGCCCUGAAGCAGCUGGACAAACCGGACGAAGGACUGUCGGACCAGGAGCAGCUGCAGCACACGCGCACGUGUCUGCUGAAGAUUGGAGACCGAAUCACCGAGUGCCUUAAAGCCUACAGCGACCCCGAACAUGUGAAGAUGUGGCGAAGGAACCUCUGGAUCUUUGUGUCCAAGUUCACAGAGUUCAGCGCCAAGAAGCUUCACAAGCUGUACAAAAUGGCCCAGAAGAAGAGGUCGCACGAAGAAGAGAAAGAGCACAAGAAGAAGGAGGACGUCUCAGGAAGAACCAAAUCGUUCAGACCAGAAGCUUCUGGCUCCAGUCGAGACUCCCCAGGAACCCAGUCCUCCAAACAUCCGUCUCACUUGGGCCAGUCCGGACCUCACGGACACCACAGAGAAGCCUACAAUUCUGCUAACAAGCGCCACUUUGGCAACAACGAUCGAGUGGACUGGCAGAGGGACCGUAAAUACAGCUAUCCAGGAAACAGCAGCCAGCCCUGGCAGGGAGACCGCCACCAUCCCUAUGACCCUCAUCGCUACAAGGAUCACUAUGGUGACCGGCGGCCUCACGGAGACUCGUAUCGCAGCUACCGCAACAAUGUUUCUCCCCGGAAAAGGCUGUACGAGCAGUACGGCAACGACCGGGACCACCGGGGUCAACGACCAUAUUACGACAGGCAUCCAGACCCCAAAAGACGACGUCCCGAUGACUUCCACUCCUCUUACCACCAGGGACCUUCUCAGGACUUCAGGAGGAUGCCGGACCACAGACCACCAGGUCCGCCAGGACCAGAUCACUAUAACAGAUCUUUCCACCCUGACAAACCACCUCCACUGUUGGACCCCCGCUCCCCUCAGACUCAAAAGUCUCCACCGGACUCCCGCUCCCCUCUGGAGCGUCCCACUGAGCCCGGUGCCAUGGUAGACCCAAACUGGAACAACAGGAAAGCCUAAAGUCUGCCGGAUCUGGCUUAGAAACUGAUCUGAGUCCAGGAUCAGAGCCACGUGCUGCUGCUGCUGCUGGACGAGCGUGGCCUCGACUUUUAUCAGCUCCGUGGCUGUGAAUUAAUUCUUUCCUGAAGGAAGACGUUUGUUUCCAUCUUUCGUUGAGAUGGAAAAUCUAAAAGCUGCAUCUUUGUUCAGACGACGCAGCUCUGCUCUCGACACUGAGCAAAAACUGGAAGAUGUUUUAGUCCCGUGGACUAAUUAAAGGAAAACUUGGACACAAGCUCCUAAAAGUGCCUGAAAGUAUCGGCCUUGUGAUUAGUAACGUUCGGGAAUGUUCCCAGAAGAACCGUGAUGGAGACCUUUUUUUUUUUAGCUUCAAGUAUUGCAGAUGACGUCAUUACAGCUGGCACAGCAGAAUGUGGAACUUGUUGCACCUUUUGAAUCAAUUCCAUCAUGUAGCCGAAGCAGUUCAUGGAUUUUCACCAUGAGGGGGGAAAAACAAAAAACAAAAAAUGGUGGAGGUUGAACUUUACCGGAAGGUUUCGUAUGUUUCUUCUGUGUCCCGUGGGAUUGUCAUGGUUUUAACGAACACAUUUCUCAUGCGUACAACUAAAUGUUUUUCAAUUAUGUAGCUGUAUAAUUUAUUGCACCCGCCCCCCCAGUCCCCUCUGCCCCACACUGUUCACUUUUAACUUCAGCCCAAAGCUCUCAAGUCGGUAUCAGUAUCCAUCAUCUGUAAAGGUUCAGAACACUAUAGAUCAGAACAAUACUUUAUUACAGCCGUUCAGUAUUAUCGUAGGUAUUACUGCAAAUAUAUAAAGGCUGCAUUUGUCUGUAAAAGUUAAACGAUUAAAGCUUUUGUUUCCAGUGAGUCACUGAUGACGUGCCAUCAUCUGAACCUGCCUCAGUCUGUCAGAGACAACCCUGCCACCCCUUUCUUUUUCCCUGAAUCAUAGCUAAACUCAAAAUCAUAAAAACAACACACAUUCUGAUGAUUCAUGUGCUCGUCCAGCUCCAGAAGGCUCUGAUGAUGAUUUGAGGGGAGAAAAUACCAUCGUUUUUUUCAGUUUAGUUUUUUCUUUACGGGUGCGCUUGGUACAGUGAACUAGCUCUUUCUUUUCUUCCAUAAACCUAAAGUUCUUGUAACAUAUGUUCUGUAAAAUUCUAAAUAAUUUAUAUUUGUGGGAAAACAAACCAACACUUCAUGAGAAAUGUGCUGUACAUAUGUUUGAACAUAUGUAAUAAACUUUGUUACACAAA